CACCACGCACUCCUCUCCCCGCGCUCACACACGCCUGGAAGCCAUGGAGGGACCGUCGUGGAAACUUUUUCUACUUUCUUUCCUGGUCGCUGUGGAGAGCUCCGCGCAGGACUUCGCUCAGACGCAGUUCAUCUGCACGUCCGUGCCAAAGGAUAUGGACCUGUGCAGCGCCACCAUGCAGAACAGCGGCCCCGCGGAAGACCUGAAGACCACCAUCAUCCAGCUGCGGGAGACCGUGCUGCAGCAGAAGGAGACCAUUGUGAACCAGAAGGAGACAAUCAGGGAACUAACUUCCAAGUUGAGCCGCUGCGAGAGCCAGAGCCUGCCCGCGGCGGCGGGGCCCGGCGGGAGGCGGCCGGGCUCCAAGAACACCAUGGGGGAUGUAUCUCGGGGCACCACGGACACUCUGGCCCAGCUGGGACAGACUUUACAGACCCUCAAACAGAGACUGGAGAACCUGGAGCAGUACAGCCGAGGGAGCAAUAACACGGUGCAGGCGAACAGCCUGAAGGACCUGCUGCAGAACAAGAUCGAUGACAUGGAGAAGCAGGUUCUGUCCCGGGUCAACACGAUAGAGGAGAGCAAGCCGGGCUCCCGGAACGACACGGAGCAGCGCAACCGGGUGGAGUCCACGCUCACCUCUCUGCACCACCGGAUCACGGACCUGGAGAAAGGCAAAGAUGCCAAGCCGACGGACAAGUUCCAGCUCACCUUCCCCCUGAGGACCAACUACAUGUACGCCAAAGCCAAGCGCAGCCUUCCUGAGAUGUACUCCUUCAGCGUGUGUCUGUGGAUCAAGUCCAACGCCUCCCCCGGCGUGGGGACGCCCUUCUCCUACGCCGUGCCCGGCCAGUCCAACGAGCUGGUGCUGAUCGAGUGGGGCAACAAUCCCAUGGAGAUUCUCAUCAACGACAAGGUCGCCAAGCUGCCGUUCCUCAUCAACGACGGGAAGUGGCACCACCUGUGCAUCACGUGGACCACCCGGGACGGCAUGUGGGAGGCCUUCCAGGACGGCGUGAUGCGGGGCAGCGGGGAGAACCUGGCGCCGUACCACCCCAUCAAGCCGGAGGGCGUGCUGGUGCUGGGCCAGGAGCAGGACACGCUGGGCGGCGGCUUCGACGCCACCCAGGCCUUCGUGGGCGAGCUGGCCAACCUCAACAUCUGGAGCCGGAAGCUGAGCGUGGGCGAGAUCUACAGCCUGGCCACCUGCGGCAGCAAGGCGCCGGCGGGGAACGUCUUCUCCUGGACGGAGGGCAACAUCGAGGUGUUCGGCGGCGCCACCAAAUGGACCUUCGAGCCGUGCCGCUCGGCCAACUGAACUCGCCACGUCGCUGUGUUCUCGUCCCCAUUUCCGUUUCGAGAGGCUUCAUCUGAGUUAUCGGUAACGCUUAAGUCUGGGAUUUCUGUCAUUCUUAGGUAUUCAUGUGCAAAACAACACUUUCCAUCUUUGAGGAGA